AUGACCCGCACGGACCCGCCGGAUCUGCUGGUGUCAACCCUGUACCAGGACAUCAAGGUGGCGGCCCAGGGACCGGCAUCGCGGCGCCCGGCAUGUGAGCGCGCCAUGGCCCGGCCUGCUGCGCCCGCGGCGUUCAACAAGCGCCACUGCCGCAGCUUCGACUUUCUGGAGGCACUGGACGGGCCGGCCAUGGAGGAUCACGGAGGAGGCGGGGGCACAGAGCCACCGCCCCCAGAGCCCGCCGCGCCCCGCCCGCGGCCACGGGAAGGCGAGACCCGGCGCCGAGCCCGCUCCAAGAGCGCACCGCGCGCGGCCCCAGGCCUGGCACCCGCCUCGCCCCCUGUGCUUCCACGCAGAAGCCGGGAAACCGAGCGGGCCUCGCGCACCGAGGCAUCACCGCGCCGAGAACCCACAUACCCUGCGCUGCGUGCGCUUGCCAAUGAGCUACACCCUAUCAAGCUGCAGCCGCAGCGCGGCGGCCCUGGCCGCAUCGCACCCCUGUGUGCUGCCUCCGGCCGCUGCCCGCCACCAGAACCGCCCUCAGGGCCCGCCCCGCACGUCCGCUGCCGCCUGGAUAUCAAGCCGGAUGACGCGGUCCUGCAGCACGCCGCUCGGGGUCCACGCUCCUCCGCGCCGGCCGAUGCGCCCCCCUGGGUCCGCGUCGCCCCUCAGCUGCACGGCCUCACGGUGCCGGGACCUAGGCACAUGGUGCUGUCCCGCACGCCAACUCCCACCGACUCAUUCUGUGCUGAUCCCCGGGCGCUCUACUGCGACGGGCCGUUGCCAGGCCCCCGGGACUAUGCCGAGCGCCGCAGCCUGUCCUUCCCAGCCCCGCCGGGGCCCACUCAAUUCUUCUAUACUGAGGAACCUGAUGGCUUCCCGGGGGGCUUUACAGCCAGCCCGGGUCCAGCCUUUGAUGGCUACUGCCCCAGACCCUAUGCACCUGAAGAGCCCCCAAGGCCUAGCCCGCGGCACGGGGUCGGCUACUACUCGGGGGAAGUCCGGACUUUCCCGAUCCAGGAGCCGCCUUCCCGGUCCUACUACAACGAGGCGUCUCGCACCUAUGGCCCGCGCUACCACCCUGACGACCCCCGGGCCCCCGUCACGCGGACCUUCCACACGGAGGACUGGGCACGGUACCGUGAGCCGGGCGCCCUGACUCGGACUUACCCUUACCCGCGCGGCAGCCCAGCCUGGGGUGACUGGGGCCCUCGGCCUUACCACACCCUGCAGGUGGCACCACCUCCUGACCCUGGGCCGCUGCUCGCCUCCUGGCACGGAGGCACGGGCACCAGCCCACCCCGGCUGGCCACCGACAGUCGCCACUACUCGCGUUCCUGGGACAACAUCCUGGCACCUGCUCCGCGCAGGGACGACCCCCUGGGCCGGGGCCGCAGCUAUGAGAACCUGCUGGGCCGCGAGGCACGGGAGCCCCAAGGUACGUCCCCUGAAGGACGGCGCCCACCAGUUGUGGUGAACUUGUCCACUUCACCCCGGCGCUACGCAGCACUAUCGCUGUCUGAGACAUCGCUGUCUGAAAAAGGUCGAGCCGGGGAGGGCCUGGGCCGCGCCUGGUAUGUUACGCCCGAGAUCACCAUCACUGACAACGACCUCCGCGCAGCCGAGCGCCCAUCUGCCAGGCCCUGGGAGGUGUCUGCUGGCCGUCAGCGGCCACCGCCGCUCCCAGCUGCUGACGGCCCCGCCUCGGGUCGCCAGCGCAGUCUGGAGCAGCUGGACGAGCUCAUCACAGACCUGGUCAUCGACUCGAGAUCCCCAGCAGCUCCCAGCACUGAACGAGUGGCCAACAGCCCAAGCGGCCAUCUGCGCCAUCUGCUGGACCUGCGGCCGGCGGGCCCCACGCUGGUGACGCCUCGCUCGCCGCCCGCCUCGGCCGGCAGUGUCGAGGAGCCCACAGGCUCCGGGGAGGCGGCCGACGCGUCCCCGGAGCCCAGCGCCGACGAGGACGACCUGAUGACCUGCUCGAACGCGCGCUGCCGGCGCACAGAGACCAUGUUCAAUGCCUGCCUCUACUUCAAGUCGUGUCACAGCUGCUACACCUACUACUGCUCGCGCCUGUGCCGCCGCGAGGACUGGGACGCGCACAAGGCGCGCUGCGUGUACGGCCGCGUGGGCAGCGUGUGUCGCCACGUGCUGCAGUUCUGCCGCGACAGUGGCCCCGUACACCGCGCCUUCUCUCGCAUAGCGCGUGUCGGCUUCUUGUCGCGCGGUCGCGGUGUGCUCUUCCUGGGCUUCCCGAGCCCCGGGUCGGCCGACAACUUCCUGCGCUUCGGCCUUGAGGGGCUGCUGCUGUCGCCCACCUACUUGUCCCUGCGCGAGCUGGCCACACACGCGGCGCCCCUGGGUGGCUAUGCACGCGAGCUGGCAGCCGCCGGGCGCCUCUAUGAGCCGGCCGAGUGCUUCCUACUCAGCGUGUCCGUGGCGGUAGGGCCCAGCGGGGCGCCUCCUGGUGCCCCUGCCCGGCCCGCGCCGCGCAGCGCCGGCCCCACUGUGCGCAAAUUUGCCAAGGUGGCACUGGCUGCUGGCAGCCCCGCGCGCCCACUGCCGCCUCGAGGCCAUGAGCCCGAUAUGGAGACGCUGAUUCUGACUCCUCCACCUGGCACGGCGGGCCUGGACCAGGAUGGCGAGGCGGGCCGGCGCGCGCGCGAGGUGGCCUUCAUCCAUAUCCAGCGGGAGCUGCGCCUGCGCGGUGUCUUCCUGCGCCACGAGUUCCCGCGCGUCUAUGAGCAGCUCUGCGAGUUUGUCGAGGCCAAUCGGCGCUUCACGCCCACCACCAUCUACCCCACAGACCGGCGCACUGGUCGCCCCUUCAUGUGCAUGAUUAUGGCCGCAUCCGAACCGCGCGCUCUGGACUGGGUAGCCAGCGCCAACUUGCUGGACGACCUCAUGUGA